CUCUGUUAACAAAAAUACUCUCUCUUUACAAUCCACUUCCUCUGUUAACAAAAAUUAGAGUUUUCACUUCCUUUGUUGCUAUGAAAAAGGUCACAUAUUUUCAUCUUCUUUUCAUCUUCUUCAUUUGUUUCUUUGUGACAACCAACUCCUUACCUCUUCCAUGGUUGAGUCCAUUUUCUAAAUGGAAAACAACCUUGUACCAACAACCCCCUACGAAUCCAGAUAUCAAAACAUUUUAUUAUGAACAAGUGAUAGACCACUUUAAUCAAGUACCAAAUAGUUAUGUAACUUUUAAACAAAGGUACUUUGUUAAUUUCAAGUAUUGGGGUGGUGCUAACUCUAGCUCCCCAAUAUUUGCUUAUUUUGGUGAUGAAUUUGAGUUGAUGGUGGAUCCUGAAGAUUUUUUGACAGACAAUGCGGGUUCCUUUAAGGCUUUACUUGUGUACAUAGAGCACCGCUUCUAUGGAAAAUCAAUUCCAUUUGGAUCAAUUGAAGAAGCGUAUAAGAAUACAAGUACAAUGGGUUAUUUCAACUCAGCUCAGACCCUUGCCGAUUAUGCAGAUGUGCUGUUGUAUUUAAAAAACACAUUACACGCCCAAGAGUCUCCGGUGAUUGUGAUGGGAGGUUCAUACGGGGGAAUGCUUGCUGCAUGGUUUCGCCUUAAAUAUCCACAUGUGGCCGUCGGUGCCUUGGCGUCAUCAGCUCCCAUACUCUACUUCGACAAUAUAAUUCCAGAGAAUGCAUACUUCGAUGUUUUUACCAGAGAUUUUGAAGAAAUCAGUGAAACAUGCUCAAAGUUUAUAUUAAAUUCUUGGUAUGAGAUAGACAAAGUUGCCUCUCAGCCAAAUGGUCUUUCGAUUUUGAGCCAAAAAUUCAACACUUGCUAUCCAUUGGAAAACACAAAAGAGUUGAAAGAAUAUUUGGAAAACUUUUAUAGCAUAGCAGUUCAUUUAAGCUAUCCUCUAGUUGAGACUAUAUGUAACGUCAUUGAUGGAGCGGCCUUUGGAACCGAUGUUCUCAGUAGAAUAAAUGGAAUUACUUAUCUUUUUGAACCAAACGACACAUGCAAAGUUAAUCUAAAUAAAUAUGCUAAAAAUACAUUUCCCAUUUGGGACAGGGGUUGGAAAUGGCAGACAUGCAGUGAAAUGGUGAUGCCCAUUGCCAAAGGAAAUUCUUCCAUGUUUCAACCUGAACCCUUCAACUUCCACAAAUUUGCUAAACAAUGUAAGAAAGAUUUUGGUGUCAUUCCUCGCCCUCACUGGAUCACGACGUAUUAUGGAGGCCGCAAUAUCAAAUUGGUACUGCAAAAGUUUGGAAGCAACAUUAUUUUCUCCAAUGGAUUAAAAGAUCCAUAUAGUAGUGGCGGGGUUCUGAAGAAUUUAUCAGAUAGUAUUAUUGCCCUUACAACAGUUAAUGGAACUCAUGUCAUGGAUAUGUCAGGUGCAAAUGAAUAUGAUCCAGAUUGGUUGGUUGACCAGCGUAGAAAAGAGGUGAAGAUUAUCAAAGGAUGGCUCAACCAAUAUUACGUUGAAUUGUCAAUGUUCCAGAUGCAGUGAUAUAACAUGGGCGUGAGUGUUAGAAAUAUAGCUUGUAAUUUGUGACUACUCUUGUUCACUGUUGGCAAUGGAAAAAUGAUUAAAUUGCAAAUGUCGAAUUUCAA